UGCUCGUCCCGAGUAGUCGUGAACGCACGUGCGAUGUACAGACGUGUGUACGAACGUACGUUCGCGAAUACGCGAGAUACGAAUAUGCACGUGUAACGGGUGUCUUGACACAGUGAUUAAUGAUGAGAUAUCCGCGGAGGUUCGCGAGGAUUUAGACUUAGAUUGUGUAUGUCAGAUCAGUAUUUAUCCUGGUUAUGAUUUUUGUUUGCAAAACGACGCAAUGUGAUACGACGGAUGAGUGGUUGACAGAUGGCAUAGCAGUAAGCCGUCGUGCGACACUGUCUAAUGACGGAACAUCGACGACCUCUUCGUGAUUGCAGUUUUGAUGUUACGUGAGUUUGAGGCGAGGUCAAGCAUAAUUGAGGAGUAAUUAAGGCGUUUGAGUGAAUGGAAUUUAUAAAAGAUUUCACGGAUCAAACGAGAAAACAAUGAGUGAUGUGAUAGCUGAAGAUAAGAACACGUUAAGAAUUGGAACGAGUCGGUAGAAAAAGGACGAGAUGAAUCCUUCGCCUACAGCUAAUCGGAGUUUCCUGCAUAGCCAUAAGGCUGCCCUGAUCUCUGACAAAGUUGUCUACGCUACUCUCGAUAGUUUGGCCCUGAAGCGAACAAGAUUGCCUCUACAGUUGCUUCCCGUGGACGACGACAAUGUCGAAAAGACGGGGAAAGCAGACAAAGAGAAGAGGCCCAUUGGUGGGAAAAUUUCGUCCAAACAUUCGACCUGCAAGGUGAAAUCCGGAGCGAGUCACCAAUGGAAAAGUUACUCCAAGUAUCUGAUCUUCUCUUCCGCGAAAUCGGAGAACCAGUCGACCUGUUCCGCCGCAAUACCGAAUUCCGGAACCGAGCGCGAUAUCGAGAACACCGGACGAGAAGAAAUCAGCGUGCUAGCAAAUGCGACAAAGUACAUAGAAAAUUCCGUAGAAAUUGCCCCAAGUCCAUCCAUCAAGGAAGAAUCUUGCAUGAAAGACUUUCCAAACGGCGAUAGUCGUAACUUGACGCAUCCGCAAACGGAGAAAAGUUCUCGCGAUGACGCUGACACUGUUGAAGAUCAAGGUGAAAAGAAAAAAUACCCUAUUGAGAGACAAGACUCCAGCUCUUCUGGCGAUUACGAGAAGAUGGAUAUCGUAAAUUGCAAAGUGUCCAUGUUGGAGAGAUCGCCUUCAAAUUUCGAGCCCGAAGUCCCAAAGAGGAAAACUCUCGAACGCGUAUCGCGUAUCGACAAAGUCGAAGAAAGUACUCCAACUACUUUGAACGCAGCCGCGAAAUCGAAAUCUUUGAUCGACCUAGCGACGGAAGAGCAUUUGUACGAAAGCACGCACGUGAAAUAUUCAAAAGAGGAUACGGAGUCGACAACAAGCGGCGAAAACGACGCAUCGUCGCGGCAGAAGAAGAAGAAGCAUAAGCGCUUCGCCAAGAACGUCCUGCACUACGUGCCGCGACAUUUGGUGAAGCAGCCAAAGAAGAAGAAGAAGCUAAAGAAGAAAUACGCACUUAGCAGUUCGCUGAGCUCUCUGAGAUCGUUGUACCCGGCGCCCUCGAAGACUGUUCAAAACUCCUGCAGUACCAGGAGUCUGCCCAGAGAGCUGACCAUCUCGCCGCCGAGCAACUUUGUUCACGUGGCGUCCGCCACAAACCCCAGCCUGGUUUCGAACGAGAACACCGUCAAGUCUACCGUCGUGAUUACUCAUCAGCAGAUAUGCGCUACGUUGCCUUUGCUCGUUGGAAAGGACGAGCGACGCGCGACGGUUGGGAAUGAGAACGUCGAGCGAUCCAAGGUCGUCUCAGGAAUGUCCUCUAUGGACGACGUAAGCUCUAGCCAGCCCAUGGGAGAAUCGACCGACGAAAGCGUCGCUGAUAGGAACGGUCGCACGCAUUAUGCUGAGAUCAAGAGCGAAUCUUCGAGCGACCAGCAGUCACAGGCGGCGAAAGUUUUGGAGACCGGCCAGAUGGUGAAAAUCGCGAUCGAGAAUCAGGCCGAUCCGCCAGAAGGUGAGACAUACGAGCAGGUCUGCCAGUCCUGCCCCCGAGCACUGCCGCAAGUCAACAGCAGCUUUCUGUGGAGCAAUCACCGGGCCAAGACUUUUCCAAGUGACAAGCAUGACACUCGUGCCAGCACGACGAACGAAAACGAGGAGGACGUCGACAGCGAGGAAUACGACGACGUCGGCCCGUCAAACUUCGUCGCUCAAGCGGAAUCCGACUACGACGACGUGGGUCCACCGAAGAUUCGCGAGGACGAAAAGCUCGCUGUCAUCAGCAACGACUGCGAGGAGAUCUACGACGACGUGAUGCCAGCCGCUUUUAAACGGGACAACUCUGCCGUGGAGAAGAAUAAUCAGUCCGUUUCCAAGGCUGUCGACGAAGAGUCGAACAAGGAGCAGCAACCGCUCGUGGAGUUACGAGCGACUUCGAGGGGUCGCGCGGAGGCGUCGCUGUUCGCUUCGAGCGACGAUCGGUAUUUUACGAUGAACAAUGAAUAUUCCAAAGUGGACGAGGCCGAUCUGGGCGAGGAAGAACGGGACGAGCUAGAUGUGUAUGACGACGUCGGCCUGCCGGAGCCAGCCGAGGAGCGCGUCAAUAGCCUUUACGCCGGCUCCACACCCGGCUGUGUCUUCGGAUUGCCCUCGACGAACGGCAAGGAAUCCGAGUGGGAGGACGUGGAAGACGUCUCGAGCGUCUCGCGUUGUCAGGAGAAUGAUCUACGUGAAAAAGAGAGCGAAGGGCAAGCCGCGUCGGGCAAGAAGCUCAUUCAGCGAUGGUCGCGAAAGACUCGGAAACAACGUUCCAGAAGAUCCCGCAGGAAUAUGAAGGCUACGACACGGGCGACUCUUGACGUCGCGAACGCCGACAGCGCUUCCGAUGAUAGCACGUACGAGAGCCUGUACUCCUGCCAGCAGGAUGACUUUAGCUCCGACUCGGAAGGAACGAGCGAAGCUGCCGAUAAGCGUCAGCAUCCACGACGGCAUGCAAGUGAUGGCGAUUGUGUGAUCAACACUUAUAUGGAAUGUCCUACGAGACCGACUCCACCACCACCGCGAGAGGCCAGUUUAACUCAAUCUCUUGGUAGAAGGGUAAAAAUGUUGCGCAGGACUUGGAGCAUUACGAAGGGCAGCCUCGGCAGAAUUAGGAGAAGAACAUCCGUGGAGGAGUGCUUCGACGAAAAGGAACAAUCUGAGCAUCAUCAUCAUCAUCAUGUCGAUAUCGGGAAAUACUUCAACUUCCGCAGGCGUUUUAGGAAAAGUUUCGCCAGCCCGUCCACAUUUUAUGUCGAUGAAAAUGGGAGAAGUGACGUUUGUGGCACUGCUGACAAUAACAACGGAAUCGCCAAGGAGGCGAUUUACACAAACAGCCAAUACAUGGGUAGCAGCAGCGACGACUCUUCAAGAUCUCUCGUCACUGGUAUCGAUCAUUACAGUGUGCUCGCCGAUCAAGAACCUCUCUACCAGUUUUACGCGGCUGCGGUGGCUCGUGUCGCUUUCGAAUCGGAUUCCGAAGGCUACGAAGAGGUAGAAAAUACAAUGUGGAAGAAAAGUCCUGCUCCGGCAGAUUUAGCCAGAUUAGGACAGAGAAUGCUCUGGUGUCAUACCCCGCAAGUGAUACACAGCGGUCUAUUAGAGAGGCUGACACCAGAGGAGAAGAAAAUUCAAGAGGCGAAGUUUGAAAUCCUCACCUCUGAAGCGUCAUACUUAAAUUCCCUGCGAGUCCUAGAGAACGAGUUCCUCAAUAACCAUGCGCUGAUACACGAGAUCCUUACGCCGAUUGAGAUGAAGAAAUUGUUCGGCGGAGUGACGAGCGUGUUGUCGGCGUCGCAAACGUUCCUGGCCGAAUUGGAAGCCGUGUGGAGAGAGGAUCCAAUGUUACCGGGUUUGUCGGACGUUUUGAUCAAGCAUGCUGAGAAGUAUCAGGCCACUUACGUGGCUUACUGCUCGAAUCAAGUCAGCAUAGACAUCACCCUGAAAGAUCUCAAAGCUCGGAAAGGUGCAAAGUUCUUGGAGGCUGUUAAGCGCAUAGAGAUGCGGCCGGCGUGCCAAAAUCUUUCGUUACAUUCCUUCCUGAUGCUGCCGAUGCAACGUGUUACAAGACUACCCUUAUUAGCCGACGCGAUCGUUUCCAAAUUAUCGAUGGGAAGUUUGGAUAGAGCGUCUUGGGAACAAGUUUUAUCGAGUCUAAGCAACGUCGUUGCCGAAUGCAACGAAGGUGCUCGGACAGCCGCUCAAGAAACUGAAAUGGAAGCCUUAGCGAGGAAACUAGAAUACUCAGCAAAGAUUAAACCUAUAAUUUUGCGAGGCAAACAAUUAGUCAGAAAAGGACCCGUUGUGCAAUUGUCGACAAAAACUGACACCGAAUACAAACUCACGUUCGGGAAAAAAUUCAACAAGACACCGCUCUAUCUUCUGCUAUUUACUGAUUAUCUUCUAGUCACGAGAUUGAAAUCCAACACUCAGGAUGAGUCUUACACUGUCAUAGACGCAUGUAAGAGGAAUCUCUUGGCUCUGGAACCAGCUUCCGAAGAGUCACCAUUUGCAGGACGGAACGCCAUGAUCUUGACCCUCCUGGAGAACCAUUCCGGUCGCCAUGUAGAGUACAUUUUUACAUGUGAAAAUAACACGGAACGUGAACGAUGGUUGGAAGCGGUUUCGCCGCCGAAACGUGGAUUAGUUGGCGAAACGUUAUACGAAUCUUGGGACUGUCCGCAAAUGAUGGCCAAGUACCUAUACACGCCAAAUCAACCGGACGAGCUAUCGUUACAACCUGGGGAUGUGAUAAACGUAUUGAGGAAAAUGGCAGACGGUUGGUAUCAUGGCGAAAAAUUAGUGGGAGGCGUGCAAGGAUGGUUCCCGGCAAACUAUACAAAAGAGAUCGCGUCGGAGCACAUACGUGCGCGGAACCUAAAACAGCGACACCGUCUUUUAACACUCAGCAGCAGUGUAAUACAGCAAAGAAUGGCAAAACAAAAUCAAGUGAUUCAUUGA